AUGGGCAGAUGCUGCAAAUGCAACAGGAGACUGCUGUGCAUGUGCUUGCUGCCUUGCAUGAUGACCGGCCACCUUCUGAUUUAUAUCCUGGUGUCCAUAUUCGUCACCAUCUCCUACACUCCUCCAAAAAUAAACGUCCACUAUAUUGCCCCGGGGAUUUCUCCUAACUCUUCUGCUUUGGCCUCUCACCCACUUGGCCCUUUCUGGAACCUUCGUCUGGAGGACAGUGCACUGUGGAACCAGUUGCAGCAUGCUUGGGAUCGUCAGCACAAUCCAAUACUGCGAGGAAACACAACAGGGGUAAUGAGGAAGCCGAGAGCUAAGCUUGAGUCAGAAGUCGAGGAUGAGUGCCUCUCUGACUGCAUGUCACACAAGUGUACGCUCCCUCGUAUGCAAGAUUUAAAGAGCCUGCCCGAACAAAUGAUAUCAUUUAUCAGGUCAAUGCACUGCAGGGAGUAUCCGCUCCUGAUCAAUCAGCCUGGUAUGUGUAGGAGGCAGAACAGUAGCUUUGGUUUGGACACUCCCAUGCUCCUCAUGGCCGUCAAAUCUCAAGUGGGAAACUUUGAAAACAGGCAGGCCAUCCGUGAAACAUGGGGACGCAGUGGUCUGGUAAGGGGGGAAUCAAAUAAGAAAGGCGGAUUAGUGCACACAGUGUUUCUACUUGGGAGGCAGGACUCAAGUACAGGUCCUCAUCCAGACCUCAAUAACCUCCUGAAUCUUGAGAACCAGAAAUAUGGGGAUAUCCUACAGUGGGAUUUUAGAGACACUUUCUUUAACCUAACCCUAAAGGACUUGCUGUUCUGGCAUUGGCUCCAGCAGUACUGCCCCACUGCCACCUUUGUGUUCAAAGGCGAUGAUGAUGUCUUUGUUCGAACAGAUGCCCUUCUGGAUUAUCUGAACAAGCAGUUAGAGGAGCAGAACCUGUGGAGAGCCCGUACAAAUGAAACUAGCAUGAAUUUGUUUGUUGGGGAUGUAAUCAAUAACGCAAUGCCAAACCGUGAACCAUCCACUAAAUACUACAUACCAGAACGUUUCUACAAAGGUGGUUACCCACCGUACGCAGGUGGAGGAGGGGUUGUGUAUUCUGGCUCACUUGCGUUACGACUGAAAGAGGUGUCUCAGAGGGUGCGUCUUUUCCCUAUAGACGAUGUGUAUCUGGGAAUGUGCCUGCACAGACUCGGGCUCGCUCCAAGCCAUCAUGCAGGUUUUUUAACCUUUGACCUCCCAGAGACAGACAGGGGAAAUCCUUGUGCGUACAGAUCCGUUCUGCUGGUUCACAGACGGAGUCCCAAAGAGAUGCUGACGCUGUGGAACCAGCUCCAGAAUCUCCCCAGUCGAUGCUAA